AUGUUCAGUAGGGUAACGAAUCUCACUUCUUCUGUGCUCAAACGUUGUGUCAUUCGUCCAGGUGAGAAUAAUGCAAGAGUAUGUGGGCAAGCCUUUGAUGACUCAAGUCCUUUGAGCGUCGUCAUUCAAGGUGAUUACUGUUAA